AGGUCUCAAGUCUCAACAGCACUCUGCUUAGCAGACAACAAAUCAGUGGAGCGAAGUAUUGCUGUUGAGGAUGGAGUUAAGCCUCAGCGGGAACGCUCUCAAGACAUUUGCUCGGUCCAUCACGUGCCUCGCACGUGUUGGCAACGAACUCGCCAUCCAAGCUUCUCCUUCCCUGCUUGCAUUUCACACUCUUAAUUCGUCGAGGUCAGCCUAUCAAUCAAUUACAUUUAAGCCUGAUUUCUUCGAUGUUUACACCGUGCCUGGUGGUGCUCAGGUGCAAUCUAGUGUGCUCUUGAAGGCCGUUUGUUCAGUACUUCGGACUUCUAUAUCCAGUAUUGAUCAGCUAAAUGUUCUGUUGCCUAAUCCUGAUGCCCCGAAGAUGCAAUGGACUUUGAAUUGUUGCAAUGGUAUGAAGAAAGCUUAUUGGAUUACUUGUAAUGUCGAACCUGACAUUCAACAGCUAUCACUUGAUAGGGGAAAGCUUCCCAGCAACUUCGUGGUGAGGCCGCGUGAUCUGAACCGUUUGUUGGGAAAUUUCCAAGCAACACUUCAGGAGAUAACUGUAAUUGCAACAGAGCCUGCAGUUUUACCUCCUGAUGUCGCAAAUGAAAUUGGAGGGAAGGCUGUUGAGCUUAGGAGCUACAUAGACCCAACAAAAGAUAAUGAUUCAUCAUUACACACUCAGUUGUGGAUAGAUCCUUCUGAAGAAUUUGUCCAGUAUACUCACAGGGGAGACCCUGUGGAUGUGACUUUCGGAAUGAAGGAACUGAAGGCAUUUCUUUCCUUCUGUGAGGCAUGUGAAGUUGACAUACACUUUUACUUUGAGAAAGCUGGAGAGCCAAUUUUAAUGGCACCAAAGUUUGGAUUAGACGAUGGCUCCUGCUCAAACUUUGAUGCUACUCUAGUUCUUGCAAGCAUGCUUGCAUCACAGCUUCAUAAUGGAACUUCAGCAGAACCUCAACCUGCAGAGGCCAGAGCCAAUGGGAGGUCAAAGGGCAAUACAUCUGAGCAUCCAUCUGAUCAUACCAGAAUAUGGUCUGAACUAUCAGGUAGUGUUGCAAGAAGUAACAAUGGCUCUGAAGAUAGGCAAGUGCAAAGAGAAGGUAAUCAACAUGCUAAUGAGCAAAGAGAAAUUCAGAGGAUAGGUGCAAUGCACAUUUCUCACAGCGGCCCUUCUGUGGAUGUGCAUGCUGGUUUGAACAACCGCCCUCUUAGUGAGAGAAAUCAAAUGGAAGAAGAUACAGGUAGGAGAGAAGUAAAUGCUCAAGCAUCACAGCGCCAUCCUAGUAACUGGGUCGAUGCAGAUGAAGAUGAGGAUGAAGGUGAGGAGGCCGAGCUCUGUGUCCAGUCAACGCCUCCCUGCUAUGAAGAAUGAUUGGAACUGAUCUGUUGGGCAUGAUUCUUGCAGGCAAUGGAGGGAUGGCCAAUUUCUUUAUUCUGUAUAUCCAUUUUCACAAUAAUGCUUCGGUGUCUGUCUUGCUCCUUUUUAACCUAAAAGAAGUUACUUAGGUCGAAUAUGAUGCUGUCCCCAGGAGCUUGUCAGACAGCAUCAGGUUGAAACAUUUGUAAGAAAUCAUAUAUCCCACUUGCAGAUACGUAAAGUGAGUCUAAAGAAUUUGAAAAGUUAGUUAGCUGCAGUAAAGUCAUAUGAUUGUUAGACGUACACAUAACUCGAAGUUGACAUAGACAAAAAAAAAUAGUAAAUUUGCCCUUAGAUGCCCUUAACCAAAUAGAACACAAUCCUUGAAACGUGUUUAUGAUCCCUGCAUUAGUUUUUGACUUUUUCGUUGGUAUCCUUGAGCUGCAGGGCUUGGUCAGAACUCAGUUUAGUGCUUAAAUCCUUAAAGUUGUGAUAUUUGAGAGAUGCACUUGGACAUGACUUUUAACUUCUUAUUCGUUAUAUUCUGUGUCAAGGCACAGGGAGACUUUAGCUUUCCGGGCCAAGAUAUUGAUCGAUAUGAU